CCCACCAGUGAGAGACCUGCAUCAAUCCCAUGAUCCGUUUCCCCGGCCAUUUGAACCUCUCGGUCUGCCCAACGCUCCGCGAUCAGCGUCACCAAAGUGAAUUUUUUCCGCCUUUUCUGCAAUGAACGUGUUGACAGGUUCACAACGCAUUUCCCCACAGUCCCCGGUAAGCUUCAAAUUAGAUAUCAUAUUCAUAUGGUAUUUAUUCAAUUGGCCGCUUUCAUUACUUCAUUGAUCUCUUACAGCAUGUUUUCACAUGAGAAUCCCCCUUCGCUUAUCCAGGAAGGCUUUCCUUCUCGCGCGCGCGCACCUCCCCCACCGAUCCCCCAUGCAACGCGACCACCCCCAUCUCCCUAUAUGUCUCUACCACCACCUCACCCUUUGAUGUCUCGUCGUCCACCGCGUCCUCCACCCAUGCCUGUCCCGCAAAUCGUUUCAAAUUCAUUCAAUGUCCAACCGUCAUCCAGAAAUAAUACACUGAUGCACACGCUCACACUCAAGUUCAUUCUCACAGGCACGGGCAUCACCAACAUUCUCAUUCGACUUCUGCCAUACCUAAGCCUAUUCGUCGCACCACCUCGCAGCAGCUCCGUUUCGCGCCACCCACCCAGCCUUCGUCCCACUCACUUCAGCACGCAAUCAGUUCGCAAAAUUUGCACCGCUCACGUUCUUCACAACAUCUACGUCCGCCAGCGCCUCACUCAGGUCCCUCAGGUAAUGGUCAGCGAUCGCGCUUAAACUCGGCAAGUAGCGCGCAUAGGCCUAUCGUUCAUCCUCAGCAGCAGGUGCAGCCACAUGUUCACCAACAGGUCGUGCAUCAUAACGGUCAUGUUCAUUUCCAAUAUUCCAAGUGCAACGGGCGGAAGAAAGCACUAUGCAUCGGAAUUAACUAUACAGGUCAACGACGCGAGCUUCGGGGCUGUAUCAACGAUGCGCACAAUGUGAAGCGGUUUUUAACAUGUGCG